AUGGCGCAACCUGGAAUCCAUGCAGCCCAAAGUCUACCAAAGUUCCUUCUUCCUCGAUUAAGCUGGCAGGGACCAGCAAGUUCGUCGUCAGUGCUGAGGAGCGCAACGGCCUUCCCAGUUCAACGGAGAUCAUGGCAACCGACUCAAUCUUCGGGCAUGCAUACACAGCGGCGCCCCUCUCCCCAAGCUCAGAGGACCAGAAAGAACUCGGCGAUUCUCCAAAGUCCUGCCCUCAGAAGGGCUUUCCAUGCUACAGCCCCACGAGCCCGAGACCACCACUUCGACACCUUGAAGUUCAUUCAAAGGCUUCAGGGUGAGGGAUUCACAGAAGAGCAGGCAGCGGCCAUGAUGAAAGUAUUGAACGAUGUGAUUGAGGAGAGCAUACAAAACCUUACCCGUACCAUGGUUCUCCGCGAAGAUGCCGCAAAGGCAACAUAUACACAGAAGGUUGAUUUUGCCAAGCUGCGGUCUGAGCUCCUCUCCGCCGACAGUACGGAAUCACACACUACGCGCGCUGCUCACGAGCGCUUAACAAACGACAUCACAAAGCUGAACAGCAGGUUGCGAGACGAGAUCGGAAGAACGCAGGCGUCAGUAAGACUCGACCUCAACCUAGAAAAGGGCCGGAUCCGGGAGGAAGCGGUCAGUCAAGAGCUGAAGAUUAAGGAGACGGAAACCAAGAUUGAGCAGGAGGUUGCUGCUCUGCGCGAGAAGCUGGAACAGGUCAAGUUCCAAACUCUACAGUGGCUCAUGGGUGUCUGCACUGGUUUCGCUGCACUACUUCUUGGUCUUUGGAGAUUGCUCAUGUAA